AUGGGAUUGGCCUUCCAUAAUGCUCUUCCAUUCAUCGGGUUCGGCUUCUUCGACAACUUCAUCAUGAUCGUCUGUGGGGAGUACAUUGACAGCACGCCCGGGGCUGUGUUAGGAAUAUCUACAAUGGCAGCUGCUGGGUUGGGGAACUUAAUCUCGGAUGUAGCUGGACUCGGAUCUGCAUCAUAUGUGGAGAGGCUCGCUGCAGCAGCUGGUGUGAGAGCACCCCCUCUCACACCCCCACAACUCGACAUGAGGUCAACGAGAUUUAUGUCAAGUUUUGGCAAGAUUUUUGGUAUUUCCUUAGGUUGUUUGAUUGGAAUGUUCCCGUUGUUGUUCUUCAAAGAUGAUGAGAAGAAAACAGAAGAAAAAUCAGAAAUUGAGUCAACAGAGACCUCCGAGAAAGCCUAGUGAGAAGUAGUGGAUAGGGAAAUAGCACCUCUCCAUCUUGCAGCAUUCACUACCAUCUGUUGGAACAGCAAUACUCACAGGCUUGUCACCAACAUGUGUUUGUGAACAUGGGACCUCUGGCUCUUUACUGCAGAAAAUUAGUUUUGCAUACUGUUGUGAAUUGGAAAGAAUGGCAAAAAAUGGAAAUGGUGUUUCAUUUCCGACUUAAGAUUACGUUUGUGGAGUUAUUCACUUAAAGGGAGAAUGAAGAUGGUAUUUUCAUUUGAUAUAAAUGUACACUUUGUAUAUGUAUUUAUGACUUUUAAUGCAGGUUAUCUGCAAAGUUAGCAAAGGGAGGUAAUUGUGUCAGACUAUUGGUUAAUGAUCAUUCAGUCAUCUAUCCAGUGAUGAUGGUGAUGAUGAUGAUGAUGAUGAUGAUGAUGAUGAUUGCGAUGGACUGACAAUGGUUGCAUGGAGUGGGGUAAUUGGUUUAAUCUUGAUUGUAUUGAGAAUAACAUGUUCGUUAUGAUGUCCAAGAUUUACAGUACAGAAUAACAAAAACAGUCAGUAUUCAAAAAUGAAAGGAUUUAUACCAGAUCUCAAAACUAUGAACCUGCCUCCAGUAUGAUAUUAACUUCUGUUGUUUUGUCUUUUUAAUUACCUAUUUAGGUUUUUAUAUGUUGCCAUGGCAACAUUACUUUUGUUAUGCUUACUAUACAGUAAUUUAGUCAACCGUGGUAUUUUAAAAUCAACAAGUUUAUGUGUUAAGAUAUAGCCAUGGAUGAAUUAUGUAUUGCUAUGCUACACAAUGCUGACACACAUGAAUUGGCUUCACUCAGUUCAAUAAACAGUAAUCUGAAAGUAGCAUUUCUCUAGACCGCAUGUAUGUAGACAGUGUUUUAAAAGCAUGUUUAUAGACAGUGCACUAGAAGUAUUUGGCUAGACAGUACUGUAACUCUUAGUGAAUCUAUAGACAGUACUUUAGAACAAUGACUCCACACAGUACUCCAGGAACGUAUCAUUUGACAGAACUCUAGAAGUGUGC